AGAAAUCAAAAAACAAAAAACUAACCGGAUUAAGUACUAAUAAAAACGAGCCUACUAGGCCUUCUGAUGAAGAGGUUGAACGUUUGUUCUUAAAUAUGAUGAGGAAGCUAGAUUUGGGAAGUCUAUCUGAUAAAAUGCUGGCCAUGCCGGUCGAAAAUAAAUGGAAGCUGGUACAGACUAAUAUGAUAACAGAAACAGAAAGGAAAAUAAAUUCUGUUAAUUCGAAACCUGUUCAAAAUACAGUUGAUGAUCCCAAUACUCCAGAAUAUUAUCUUAAAAAAAUAAUGGAUGGAAGUAUAACUUGUAAACAGUUGAAUUCACUCAGUAUUUUUUUAAGGACACUGCCUAUAACGUGA